CGGGUAAUUCGAACACUUCCCGCAGCAGACGGCUCUCCCAGUUAGCGCGAGCCCCCGGCUGUGGCGGCAGAGGACGUCGAGGCCAGGACUCAAUAUGUCUGAGAGGCGAACGCGGUCCGGAGGGGCCGCUCGGCUCUCGGGGCCCAGGACCCCAUCUCCAACUACGCCUCUGCGGAGGUCCCAGCGGAAAUCAGGCUCGGAUCUUCCGAGCAUCCUUCCUGUACUCAGUGGGAAGGCACCCCAUGCGGCUCCAGUCAGAAAGCCCAUCGUUUUGAAGAAGAUCGUGGCUCAUGCUGUAGAGAUCCCAUCCGUCCAUUCGCCUCGCAGGAGCUCUAGGAUUGCUUUUUUCUUGGAGAAAGAAAACAACCCUCCUAACAGGGAGCCCACUAAAGAGGACCGCUUCAAGACACCUAGUAUCCCUGUCACACCCACCACCACUCCUAUGUCAUGUGCCCUGAAUGGUGAGGCCAGCUUCAAGGAAGGAGAACUGGAUGCCAGAGACUUGGAAAUGUCUAAGAAGGUCAGGCGGUCCUACAGCCGGCUGGAGGCCCUCGGCUCUGCCUCCCCCUCUGCCUCAACCUCUACUCCAGGCCGACGCUCCUACUUUGGGUUUGGGGGUCCUGAAGAUUUGUCCGGAGUCUCACCUGUGGUGUGUUCAAAUGUAACCAGGGCCCCUGCAAAGCCCUGGGCCCCAGACACAACGCUCCCUGGAAUCUCUCCCCCUGUCCUGAAAGAGAAACGAAAGAAGAAAAAGCUGCCGGAGAUCCUGAAAUCCGAGCUGGAUGAGUGGGCCGCGGCCAUGAAUGCUGAGUUUGAAGCUGCUGAGCAGUUUGACCUCCUGAUUGAAUGAAAUGAAGUGGGGGUGCCCCUGGCCAGACUCCCCUCCUCUCCCUGUACAUAGUCCCUCUCAAUGGAGAAGACACUGGGGGGUCCCUCUGCUGGCCUUGUUACCUGUGCAGGUGCUAUUGCUGCACGUGAGGCUUGGGCAGCCCCAACAGCAGCCUCAGGUUCAGGAAAUGGGGCCCACCUGGCCUGGCCACUCAUUGAGGUCUUGACUGGUCAUCCCCUCCUUCCUGUCUUUCCAAAAUAUUAGGGGUCAGUGGCUAUCUCUGCUUUUCUUGGGAAUUGGGGUUGCUCUAAGCAGGACGCGUAGUGUGUGGCCAGCCUUAGGCUGUCCCUCUGGAGUUGCCCUCUUGAUGUCUUGGUUCCCAGCCACAGGUACAUCUAUGUAAAGAGGAUUUGAGUUAGAUUCUGUGGGUAGUUCAGGAGAGAAAUCGUGGGCUGGAGGACACUUCUAUCCUCAAGGAAGAAGCUGGAUGUUCAACCUAUGGUGACAGGUUUUAGAGGCGUGGGGGAGCCUUAGUUGAGUCUCAGACCACCAGUAUUGACUAUGCCGGAGCUGUGUAUGUUGUACUACUGCCGAGAUUCUUGGUGAAUGCCAGGCUGAUGGGGUGCUAUUGCUUGGGGCAGAGUGCAUUUCAGGUUGUGGCUUCCAGGGGCCAUGGACUCCAAAUCCCCUGCAACCUGGGGCUUAUCGUCUCUGAACAGGCAGCCUACACAGGGGUCAGGAGGUGACCCCUUUUCUCGCCCACACCUGUUGCUUACAAAAUGAGUUGUGUAGUCUCCUCAACCCUAGAAGACAAAAAUAGUUGGAAGGUCCCAGUCCCACUAGCAUUUUGCAGAUAUACUUACAAAGCUUUAGGAAGCUUUUCUUGUGUGCCAGAACACUGCUGGGGUUGGUGGCAGCUUCACUUUUCGUCUCCUUAGGCCUUCACGUGAGAA